UCGGACGUUUCCAUUAACCAAGGAUCCGGUUGAUCGAAAUAAUUAUCGUGCAUAGUUUUUUGCUAAGAAUAAAUAACAUUAAUCGACCUCUGGAAUUUCCCGUGAGAAACUCGUGGAGACUGUUAAUUAUCAUCGUCUUGGAGACACAUUGCAAAGUGUUCCUGAUGGUUGUUUUAGCAGUUUAUAUCUGUGUAUAGAACUUCUCUAGUGGUUCUUUCAUGAUGUCUCUCUUGGUGGUUCUUUCGUUAUUCUGUUUCUUUGUGUCUGAUUGUCAAUGUCACACAUAUGAAGUCUUGAAAGGUAUUCAAGAGACUGUAUUGAAAAACUAUACAAGGUAUCUAAGACCACUGAGGAACCAGAGUGAAACAUUAGUGGUUUAUACAGACCUAAUGCUUAACUCUAUCCAGAACUUCAAUGUCAAAACGCGAACAUUGAAGACAUCCAUUGCACUAAACUUGGUGUGGAAAGACGAUUUCAUUCAAUGGGAAGCUUUGGAUGACCACAUGAAGGUGUUUCAGUUGCCAAAGAGCCAGGUCUGGACUCCGACUAUGAUCCUUCAUAAUCCCGCUGAAGGCUUUGAAAUAACUACAGAGUCCAAUUCAAUUGACAAAACGCAGCAUUUCUUUAACGGGACAGUUAACUACGUCAUUACGGGCAGUAUCCUGACGGUCUGUAAACCGGACAUUUUCCUUUAUCCGAUGGACAGUCAUACUUGUGAUAUCCAAGUGAUAAAUUCCCAUUAUCAGGAAAAUAUUGUGUUGAAAUCGCUUCGAAACAAAAUUGGACUUGACCAUUACACGGAACACCCGGAGUGGGUGAUUACCGGGACCAAUGUCUCAACUAAUUUGGUUCACGGAAACAUCACGGAAUUAGCCUUCAUCAUCCACUUUUCCCGGAAACCCGAAUUUCAUAUGGUAAAUGUCCUUCUUCCCAUCACGUUUUUGAGUGCUCUCAACGUUUUGGUCUUUGUUCUCCCCCACCAUUCAGGGGAAAGGAUUUCGUAUUCUAUAACAAUUCUUCUAACGUUCGUAGUGUUCAUGAAUGCCAUGGCAGAUGAACUUCCACCAAUCGGGGACCCGGUUUGUCUUUUGAACAUAUACAUUACUAUACAGAUGACGAUGAGCUCCAGCAUUGUGGUCUUUACCAUUGCCAGCUUAAGUCUUUAUGAUAACGAGGAUAAAGGAAAACCCGUUCCUCUACGAUGGAAGAUUUUCGCAUACUAUGUUGGGAACAUUCUGUGUCUAAAGUUUAAAAACGCUCAAGAAUUUGAAAUAAAGGAUAUUCCAAAAAUAAAUGAAGUUUAUCCAUUUGAAGAUGACUGUGACGUCAUUCAAGACUCUCCUGCCCCACCCUACGUAGAUUUGGGAUGGAAAGAUGUGGGCCAUGCUUAUGACAAAUGUUUUUUUGUGAUCAGUAGCCUAAUUUUGAUAACCGACACUGCAACAUACUUCUUGUGUAUUUCUCUACAUCUUACUUGAUGACUUGGAUAAAGUGAAAGUCACAAACUAAAACAUUUUCUUCAUAAAAUCGUAGCCCAGAAACCAUUAAUUUAUUGUCUCUUUUGACGUACAUUGUAUGUAAAAAAAAAUAUCAUCUUAUAUUGUGAUGUUCUCUGAACAUUUAUAGAAAGACUUUUUUUCAUAUUGAUAGAUUUAAAUUGUUUAUCAUAUAAAUCAUCGCAGUUUUUAAUCUUUAGUUUAUAACUGUGUUGAUCACAUGUUUUUUUGUUAUCUUUUUUUAUGUAUUGUAUUUAUUACAUGUUAUAUUUAGCUCUUAUAUGAAGAGAAAAGUUGACACUGCCAGAUAUAUUUAAACAGCACUUUAACUCUUCAAAUCUGUUACCUUCACAGAAAAACCAUUAGCAUGUCUGUUACGUAAACAAUUUGUUGGAACAUUAGUACUUAGUAAAUAGAACCGAAUCUUGAUUGCAUAAUCUCAAUGUUGUUUCCUGUUAAAAUAUCGGUUUAACGAGUGAAAAAUGGUUUCCAAAUGAAAAUUUCGGACAGCAUGCCAUUAUGUCAAUCAGGUUGUUUCUGAUAUUUCGUGGUCCCUGAGCAAGGAGUCAGGUCUUAGGGCGAAGCCAAUAUGAAUAUAUAGUGAAAAUAUAUUAAAUCACAGAAAAUCUUCUUCACUUCCAUAUAUAUGAGAGAAAAACGGAACGUAUAGUAAUGAUGUCUGUGAAGUUUUCUAUCUAAUUGUGAAAUUCAUGGUCCCUGGGUCAGGAGUUCGGGUCCUAGGGUGCGGCAAUAUUGCCAUAUAGUGAGAAUUUAAAUUACUCAAUCUUUGAAAAUAUUCUUCUUUACCCUAAUAUGACUGUAUUUGAGAUAAUUUCAAUGCAUAGUUUUGAUAUUCAUGAAGUCCUCCACCAAAAUUGAAAAAACCCAUGCCCCUUACGUCGGGGGUUUAGGUCCUAGGGCGGGGCCAAUACGGCCAUAUAGAGAACAUGAUUUAAUUAUUGGGAUACAUGUAUAUUCAUCUCUAUCAUA